AGCCUAUCGCUUCGCCGACGCAGCGCCGCGUCUGCUCAGCCGCUCAUUCGUCGCGCGCUCCUCGUGGACGGUGUCUUCCUCAUUAUCCCAUCCUCUUCAUCGUCGCCGUCAUUCCUCGUUACCGUUUGCUUCAACGAGGCGAACCCUUAUAUUCCGGGACUCGGUUCUCCGAAGGUACCAGCGACGAGAAGAGAGCGUUUCCGGAUUUGCAAAGAGAGGGAUUCUGAUCAGUAUGAGGGGUUUCGUCGGCGAAUUUUGUCUCGCGGCGCUUUGCCUCAUCGCGGCUUGUCUCGCCAAGGUAGAGGUCGACGAGGGUGUCUUGGUAGUCACCAAGGACAACUUUGACAGCGUCAUCGAAGAAAAUGAGUUUGUGCUCCUCGAGUUCUAUGCUCCAUGGUGCGGACAUUGUAAAGCUUUAGCACCUGAAUAUGCUAAAGCGGCAAAGAAAUUGGAAGACGAAAAAUCAACGAUCAAAUUAGGCAAGGUGGAUGCAACAAUCGAGACACAACUCGCCGAGAAACAUAAAGUGAAGGGAUAUCCUACUCUCAUAUUUUAUCGUAAGGGAGCUCUGAUUGAAUAUACUGGUGGCCGUCAAGCUGACGAUAUCGUCAAUUGGCUAAACAAAAAGACUGGUCCGCCUGCCAAAGAUUUGUUGACGAUCGAUGAGACGAAAGUGUUUAUUGACACACACAAUGUCGCUAUUGUUGGAUUCUUUAAGGAUGUGACGAGUGAUGCUGCCAAAAUGUUCUUGGAAGUUGGCAACAUUGUAGAUGAUCAUGUGUUUGGUAUUACUAGCGCUGACGAAGUUUUUAAUGAAUAUAAGAUUGAAGAUGGAAAGAUUGUGCUAUUCAAAAAGUUUGAUGAAGGAAGAGCCAUCUACGACGGAGAAGUUACUAUUAAAGAUGUACAAAACUUUAUUUUCGUACACUCGUUACCUUUGGUUGUUGAAUUUAACCAGGAUACGGCGCAGAAGAUUUUCAGCGGAGACAUCAAGAGUCACUUAUUAAUCUUCCUUAGCAAGGAAGCUGGCCAUUUUGAACAACACACGGAUGCAAUUCGAGCGCCGGCGACAAAAUAUCGCGGCGAGGUCUUAUUCGUAACGAUCGACUGUGAUGAGACUGAUCAUGAACGCAUUCUCGAGUUUUUCGGUUUGAAAAAGGAAAAUGUGCCGGCUAUGCGGCUCAUUAAACUCGAACAGGAUAUGGCGAAAUACAAGCCUGAAAAUCCAGAAUUAACUACCGAAAAUAUAGAAGAAUUUGUUACCGCUUUCGUAGAAGGCAAAUUAAAGCGACACUUGCUUACACAGGAUCUACCUGAGGAUUGGGAUAAGAACCCGGUUAAAGUCCUUGUUGGCACAAACUUCCACGAAAUUGCCUAUGACAAGGAGAAGGACGUUCUCGUUGAGUUUUACGCACCUUGGUGUGGCCAUUGUCAGCAGCUCGCACCUAUUUACGAUAAACUUGGUGAAAAAUAUAAGGACAAUGACAAGUUGGUCAUCGCGAAAAUGGAUGCUACUGCUAAUGAAUUGGAAGAUGUAAAGAUCGUCAAUUUUCCCACAAUCACGCUAUACAAAAAAGAGACGAAUCAGGCUGUAGAAUUCAACGGCGAAAGAACGCUCGAAGGUCUUUCCAAAUUUAUUGAAAGUGGCGGAGAAUACGGUCAAGCCGCGGAAGAGGCUCAAGAAGAGGACGAAGACGACGACGUGCCAAGGAAGGAUGAGUUAUAAACGCAUAUAAUCAUUAUUAUAAGAAGUAAAAUCAA